AUGAAUGUAAAAGAUAUAGAUGAAAAUUACUUCAGAAAUCUAAAAACGAACGAGCCAUCGAAAAAAGUCUUCAAUUACAUUCAGUUCGACGAGCACAUAUUUCCUCCGAACCCCAGUAUGGCAGAAGCGAGAAAGGAGGCCGAGAUGGUUAUGCUUGGCGCUCUUGAUCAACUGUUUGAGAAGACAUCUUUGAAACCAAAAGACAUGGGGAUCCUCAUUGUCAAUUGUAGCUUGUUCAACCCAACCCCAUCUCUAUCUUCAAUGGUCAUCAAUCGCUACAAGUUGAGAGGGAAUAUCAUCAGCUAUAACCUCGGUGGAAUGGGAUGCAGCGCUGGUUUGAUUUCGAUUGAUCUGGCCAAGGACCUCCUCCAAGUGCAUCCAAAUUCUUAUGCCUCGGUCAUUAGCAUGGAGAACAUAACUCUAAACUGGUACUUUGGAAAUGAGAGAUCGAUGCUCGUGUCGAAUUGCUUAUUCAGGAUGGGAGGAGCUGCAAUUUUGCUAUCCAACAAAAGAUCUGACUGCUGGUGCUGCAAGUACAAAUUGGUGCACCCUGUUCGGACCCACAAAGGCGCAGACGAUAAGAGCUUCUCUUGUGUAACUCAGAAGGAGGAUCCUACGGGAAGGAUCGGAGUUUCUCUAUCCAGGGAUUUGAUGGCAGUGGCUGGAGAUGCCCUGAAGACAAACAUUACAACAUUGGGUCCUCUUGUGUUGCCUAUGUCCGAACAGUUGCUGUUCUUCGCGACUCUGGUCGGAAAGAAGCUUUUCAAGAUGAAAUUGAAGCCAUACAUCCCAGAUUUCAAAUUAGCCUUCGAGCAUUUCUGUAUUCAUGCUGGAGGAAGAGCAGUGCUCGAUGAACUAGAGAAGAAUCUGCAGCUUUCGGAUUGGCACAUGGAACCUUCGAGUAUGACGCCUAAUCGGUUCAGCAACACAUCGAGCAGCUCUCUUUGGUAUGAACUCGCUUACAGUGAAGCCAAAGGAAGGAUCAAGAAAGUUGACAGGACAUGGCAGAUAGCUUUUGGUUCGGGAUUUAAGUGCAACAGCGCUGUUUGGAAGGCUCUUCGCACCAUGAAUCCCGCAAAAGAGAAGAAUCCAUGGAUGGACGAGAUCCCUCAGUUUCCAGUGGAGGUCCCGAAGGUCUCGGCCAUCUAGAGUUCAAAGGUAACUUCAUUUGUUUCUAGCCUAGUGUAAGUUUGCUAAUUUCAGUAGUUAACUGGGAAAGAGUUUGAGAUGCCAUUCUUUUAGCUUGAUAUUGGAGAGAUGGAAGUAGAUUAUUGAACCCUCUGGAUAUUGGAUGUUAUAGCUAGAGCUGGACUCUGGGAAAUGUAUGGUGGCUUUGGAGUUUGAUUCCAAUAUCCAUUGUUCAUUCCCUUUUGGCAUCUCUUACCAAUCUGUAUUCUGAACCUUCUUUGGAGUCCUGAAUGUUUGACUGAUCAUUA